UUACAAACGGUUCUGCAUGCGAUACUCUAGACCUCGGAUCAGUUUUGCACCAUUAAUUUGCAAAAAAUAAAACAAGAUUCUUUGAGACUCGAACUCCGGACCGUUGGUCAACCAUGGAACCAAAGAGGUUUGUUAAAAAAAAAUUAUUGCAAAAAAGAUUAAAAGAAAAAAAGCCCAACAGCAUACAAAAGAAGAAGAACCCAAUUUUAAAAAAUCAAGCCCACCAAUAGGAUAACUAGAAUAAGAGAAGUCGUAGCCCAAUAUGGCCCAAGUUAGAGACGGAGGCAAAAGAGAAGUGAGGAAGAAAAUGCAAUCAGGAGAAGCGUUGCUGCUGAAACAUUGACUGAUUCCGAUCGACGGAUGCUUGCAAUUCUGUUCCGAUUAGUAACCAAUGUCGUCGUCUCCCGAGAAGAAGAGGAAGAAAUGGUCACCAGACUCACUUCCCUAUGAUUUGAUUGUGACCAUCUUAGCCCGCCUCUCGCGAUCCUAUUACCCUAAGCUCUCCUUAGUCUCCAAAACCUUCAGAGCAAUCCUUGCUUCACCGGAGCUUUACCAAACCCGAAUCCUCUUAAGCCGCACUGAGACACUUCUCUAUGUUUGCUUAAGCUUUCCUGAUGAAGCUAACCCUCGCUGGUUCACUCUCUACCGAAAACCUAAUCAGAUCCACACCACUAAGAAGAAUAAGAAGAAGAAAGAUGGUUCAAGUGUUCAUCUUUUGGCUCCAACACCGAUCCUCAACUCUCCUCCUGUGGAAUUCUCAAGUCUUCUCGCUGUUGGUUCUUAUCUUUAUGCCUUUAGCGCAGCCAUGGAAGAUCCUCCAUGCUCUAACCUCUGGUUUCUUGACUGUCGAACUCACACUUGGCUUCAAGCUCCAAGAAUGCGACUGGCUAUUGGUAACUUAGAUGGGAUUAUGUAUUUAGCAGCUGAAACUCCAGAUUCUUUGAAACGUGUUGAAGUGUACAACAUAGAGACUCAAACUUGGAUUCCUGUGCCGCCCAACAAACGGAGAGUCAAACUCAUACAUAUGAAAGGAAAGCUUUACAUGAACGUUGGUAAACUUUUGAGUCUUGCUGAGAAGGUUUUGCCUUUAAACCCAAAGGUUCGAUCAUUGGAAAUAAUGUCUCCUAGGGAUGUUAUGGCUUUUAAGCCUGAGGUUUGUGGGGCAUUUGAAGCGUUAGGAUUGGAUACGGUCAAUACAGAUUUAAAUCGAGGUUCUUUUUGUAUGAUAGAGGAGAUGACCUAUCAUUAUGACCCUAGUGUAAAGUUUAGAUGGAGAAAAAGUAUGGGAGGAGUUUGGAGAACAUUAGGGGGCUUAGAAGGGCUACCUAAGUUUGCUAGAUAUAGUACUGUUAAAUUGGCGGAUUGUGGUGGUAAGCUGGUUGUUUUGUGGGACAAGUAUGUGCCUGCAAGUGGGUAUGAGGAGAAGAUGAUUUGGUGUGCAGAAAUUUCGCUUGAAAGGCGCAACAAGGAAGAGAUUUUGGGGAAGGUCGAGUGGUUAGAUGCAGUUCUUACAGUCCCUAAGUCUUACAAAUUUGUUGAUGCUAAAUCUGCUACUGUUUGACAGGUUUGAGCGCUUAUAAUUAUGAUCUGCAUUCACUUGCUUUGUUUGUAGGAUGGUUUAAGCUUAUUUAGUGAGUUCUUUUAGUGCCUGACAUUGUUUUUGGUUAUAAAUAUCUGGCAUUCACUUGCUUGUAGAUGAUUAAGCUUAUUUGGGGACUUGUCUGUCUCUUUGAUAAACCCUUUGAUGACAAACUCAUUCUGCUACUGUUUGAUGAAGGAUGCAUGAGACUAGCGGGUAAUGUCCGUUUUUGUUCUGAAUAUGUGUUGCAAAAUGUCUAUAUAUGUGACUACCAUGACGAA